AUGUCAAUCCCAUCUUCAAAAGGAACCAAACAGAAAAUGCAGCAGGAUCUACUUCCUAUGAUCGUUUUGCCACAACAGAGGCAAUGUUUUAAGGAGCCCAAAGCCCCUCUAUAUGGGGGAGGGAUUAUAGUUAACCCAAGCAUUGACCAUGGUUUGAAAGCAUCGUCAGUAUUUGGGGAUGCCAAGGUAGAAAAAAGAUCCAUCAAUGGCAACCAGUUUAUAGUGGCUCCAAAUAGAUUACGCCCACAUGAUAGUGCCUCUCAAGGGUUCAAUUUAGAGAGAGGAAAGCUCUACGCCUUAUCAGGAUGGAUACAGAUUAAUGAAGGAAGCACGACUGUGAAUGCAGUCAUCAAAACUGCUGAUGGUGGAUUCAUACAUUGUGGUGGAGUGAGUGCAAAGUCUGGGUGUUGGUCAAUGCUUAAGGGAGGCCUCGAGGCUAAUUAUUCAGGGCUUGCUGAGCUUUAUUUCGAGAGCCAAAAUAUAGAAGUGGAGAUAUGGGUGGACAAUGUUUCCUUGCAGCCUUUCAGUGAAGAAGAGUGGAGGGCGCACCAAACAGAAAGCAUUGAAAAGGGGCGUAAGAAGGCAGUGAAGCUCGAAGCAGUCAAUGUAAGGGGCAAGAAGCUUCAAGGUGCAAAUGUGAUUCUCCAACAAACAAGGCCCCAUUUCCCAUUCGGCUCAGCCAUAGGCCAAAACAUCCUCAGCAACCCAACAUACCAAAACUGGUGGAAUCAAAGAUUCACGGUGACCACCUUCGAGAAUGAACUCAAAUGGUAUAGCACAGAGAGCACAGCCAACAAAGAGAACUAUUCAGUAGCGGAUGCCAUGUUCGCUUUCACAAGGCAACAUGGCAUCCCUGUAAGAGGCCAUAACAUCUUUUGGGAUGACCCAAAAUACCAGCCAUCAUGGGUACCACAAUUGAACCCUGAUCAGCUUAGAGUAGCAGCAGAGAAGAGGCUCAACUCAGUGGUUAAUAAGUAUAAGGGCCAAGUCAUAGCAUGGGAUGUUAUGAAUGAGAAUUUGCAUUUCCAUUUCUAUGAAGAUAGACUUGGGUCUAAUAUAACAGACCAAUAUUUUCAAAAAGUUGGGCAGAUAGACGAGAAGGCCACAUUGUUUAUGAAUGAUUAUAACACAUUGGAGCAGAGUGAGGAUCAUGAUUCAACGCCUGAUAAGUACAUUGGUAAGCUUAAGGAAAUUCAGGCGUUCCUCGGGAACAAUCGUGUUCCACUUGGAAUAGGACUGGAGAGUCAUUUUCAGAAGCCCAACAUGCCCUAUGUGCGAGCCACACUCGACUUGUUGGGUGCAACAGGGUUGCCUGUUUGGAUUACAGAGCUUGACGUGACCCCAGACCCGAAUCAGGCUCAAAACUUGGAAGCAAUAUUAAGAGAAACAUAUUCUCAUCCCUAUGUUCAAGGUAUCAUCAUGUGGACAGGGUGGCAUCCUGAGGGCUGCUACAACAUGUGCCUCACAGAUAACAAUUUCAAGAACUUGCCUACUGGAGAUGUUGUGGACAAGUUGAUCAAAGAAUGGGGGAUUAAAAGAAGUUUGGUGGGCAAAACUGAUCGAGAUGGCAUUUUCGAAACAUUGGUUCCUCAUGGAAAGUAUGAAAUAAUAAUCACAAAUCCCAAUACGAAUUCCUCAUCGACUCACAUUCUUGAGGUGACGAUGGACUCGGAAGAGCACCAUGUUCAGGUCUAUGCCUAA